GCCGCAGACGCCGCAGUAUCGCGCGUCUCCUCGCGCCGGUCGUUUCUAACUUGAUUUUGUCUCACGCGCACGCCGAGUUUGCAGAGUUUAUCGCGGAAAACCAGGCGUGAAAAUGAUCGCGACGUGAAUUCCGCCACGCGGGGUGCUUCUUUCUCUCUUUCUCUCUCUCGCGCGCGCACGCGAUAGCGAUUGUGUACGUUGUUCCCGGCUGAUCCGCGUGAUCCGAGGAUGCGGCGCGUCGCGGCUCUGCUGGCCCUGCUCGCCUGCGUGUCGACACCUGCUCACGGCCAAGAUGGCGAUCUCUACUUUUCGGUGAGCCCCGCGGAGCACUCGGUUGUCGAAGGACUUCCGGUUCGCUUGAGAUGUGAAGCUCAGCCAAGCUCGCAUGUUAAAUACUCGUGGAAGAUAGACGGACAGCCGCUUGCUCCCAGCCCGCGAAGGCAUCAGGUCGAGGGCGAUCUCUAUAUCACUAGGGUCAAUCGAAUCUUGGACAGCGGGAACUUCGUUUGCGUGGCCACACACGAGGAAACCGGCUACUCGAUCGAGAGCUCACCCGCCAAGAUUGACGUUCAAUGGGUCAGCGAGGCGACUGUGCAGCUGCAGCAGCCGAAAUUGCCGUCCGCGAUCCGCGUGGACAGCGAGGUCGAGCUCCGGUGUCACGUCGACGGUUCCGGCGACAUGAAAUACGAGUGGUUCAAGAACACAGUGAGCGUUGCGCGAAGCGAUCGUGUCGAGAUCAAGAAGAAGAAACUGCACAUACACAGAGCGGUCCCCGAGGACAGUGGCAUGUACACCUGUCUGGCUAAGAACGAUGCGGGAUCCUCACCGGUGACCGAGAGCUAUCCGUUAAUCGUUUCCGGAAAUGAUACUGCGACGAUUAAGGUCGUUCCGAGAAACCUCAUCGCUAAGCGUGGCGAGCCGGCCGCUCUGCACUGCGUCUUCGAGGAUGCCGACGAGGUGCAGUGGUUCUUCAAGGAAAUCGGUCCGUUGGAAUCCGACGAGGAACGGACUAUCUCCGAGAACGGCACUCUCUUGAUACACGCCGCCGAUCAAAGGGACCAGGGAUUCUACUCCUGCCAUGGAAUAAGGGACGAGACCACAGUCAGUUACACGGUCGAAUUACAAAUUGCCUAUUUGUUAAACUUUUCGAUGGCUGCCUUCGAACCGAAACUUCCAACUCAGCUGGCGAUUGUCGGCGAGGAUCAAGAAUUCCAAAUAAGUUGCCUAGAGCCCUUAGGGCUUCCUUUACCCAAAGUUUAUUGGAAAGAUCCCAUGGGACAUAUUAUAAGCGACACUGGCCCUGUGCGCGUUCAAGACAACACGCUCAUCAUCGCGAGAGCACGAAUGAGCGAGGACGACGGCAAUUACACUUGCAUGGCCGAGAAUCUCGCCGGUGAAACGGAUGUAUCCGUCCAAAUAGUUAUAUCAACUCCACCAAGUAUAAUAAGCUCCCCAGAAUCGCUCAGUGUAAUGGAAGGUGAUUCCGUGACUCUGACAUGUUCGUAUUCCGGCAUGGAACCGCCGGUGACGCACGUGCACUGGCUGAAGGACGGGACGCAGCUGAGGGAAUCGGGCGGUCCGACAAGAUACCGCGUGACCGAUAAUCAUGGCAAUGUUACACUGCAUUUCAAGAGCGUUGACCUAUCUGACAAAGGGCACUACAAGUGUCAAGUAUUCACUACGGGUUUCCCGUCUCUGUUUUCCGACCCGGCCGUUCUCACGGUCGAAGAGAAGCUCAAAUUUUCACCACAACCUGUCAAUAAACGCCUCGAGCUCGGCUCCACGGCGAAGGUAUCGUGUAAGGCCCAGGGCGCCACGAACCCCACGGUAAAAUGGGUCAAGGAGGGCGAGGACGAGGAAUUCCCCAAACAUGUUCAGGAUAUUAACGGCACUCUACACUUCAACGGCGUAUUGGAGGAGGACAAGGGUCGAUACACUUGUAUCGCCAGCAAUGCUCAGGGGUCCAUCAAUCACACGAUUAGUAUUGACGUAGUUAUCGCGCCGAAAUUCACGGUACAGCCGCAAAAUCCAACGGAGGCGAUCGAGGGAUAUCCAGUGAUGUUACACUGUGCCGCCGAGGGCGAUCCUAAACCGACCAUUCAAUGGGAUAAAGAUUCUCGCAUGAACAAUCUAGAUAAUCCUCGAUUCGAAGUAUUAAGUAAUGGAAGUUUGUACAUUAAAGAAGUGUAUCUUAGUGACGAGGGAAAAUACGGAUGUACCGCUGGCAAUAGCGGUGGUCUAAAGCGAGAGGAAGUUCAAUUAAAUGUAAAAGCUGGAGAUAAUUAUAGAGCCGACAUGGAUCUAGAGGCCACUGAUGACGGAACGAUGAUGACUAAGACCGUAACGAUCACUCUUAGCGCAGCCGCAGGGUAUAUGGUGCUUGUCGUAGGCCUCAUGUUAUAUUGCCGUUACCGCCGUCGCCGUAGGAAGCAACAGUACCUACAGGAACAAACAGAAGAAAAAAUGGAGAAUGGCGAUGUACAGGAGGAACAAACAGAGUUGAAGGAAAGCGGAAAUAAGGUAAAUUCAACGAAUAAGAAGAAGGAAAACCGCGAUUCCCAUAACAAGAGUGACGGCGCUGAUACAGCUCACAGCCAGAGUAGCAAUCAAUCCAAGAAAUCCAAGUCGAAUUAUGACAAGAUCGCCGUUUCGCGAAGCAGCCUGAAGGAGUUGAAGCCUCUUGGUCGGGGUGAAUUUGGUGAGAUUUAUUCUACGAAAUAUCAAGUUGAUGGCGACAAGGAAUCCUUGGUUAUGGUCAAGAGUCUGAUAAACACGAAGGACGAGACUGCUCUUCAGGAAUUUAAACGACAUCUGGAUCUCGUCCAUAAGCUUAACCACGAGAACGUCGUCAAGUUGAUUGGCCUAUGUCGAGAGGAAGAGCCCGAUUAUAUGAUUCUAGAAUUUACUGACUGGGGCGACUUGAAGCAGUUCUUGAUUGCCUCGCGAAAAGACAGCAAUCCUAGCCCAACGCACGAAUCGAAACCACCACGUGCACCCCAGCUGUCAGUGGCGCAGAUACUGUCACUAUCGAACCAGGCUGCGAAGGGCCUAAAGCACUUGGCCGACAACCGACUGGUCCACAAGGACAUAGCCGCGCGCAAUUGUUUGAUCGCCAGCAAUUUGUCGAUCAAGAUCUCGCUACCGUGCAUGACCAAAGAGCCGUAUCAGCAGGAGUACAUGAAGCAUCGAAAUCAGGUGAUUCCGCUGAGAUGGCUGCCCUACGAGGCCGUAUACGAGGACGAGUACUCGACUAAGAGUGACGUGUAUUCAUUCUCGUGUCUGGUCUGGGAGAUGUUUCACCAGGGCGAGUUGCCGUUCAACAAGCUGAACGACGAGUCCGUGCUGGCUCAGCUCAAGGUGCAAACGCUCACGUGGAAGGCGCAUAAGGCGGCGCCGCCGGCUCUUCAGGAGCUGCAAACUCAAUGCUGGGCGAACGAUCCGCGCGAGAGACCGACCUUCGACGAGGUCGUGUCGAAAAUAGGCGAAAUUGUGGUCGACAGUUGCCUGUAAGUUAGUACCGCGACCUAAUUGUGCGAGGCUCUGAAUAUCGGAAAUACUGCAAUAGGGGUAAUGAUUCUGCGGAGCUGUAUGUCGAGAGGUAAGGCUGACGAACGCCGAUAACCACGCGGUGGUGAUCCCUCCGCGUGCGAGGAGGAGGGGCCCGAGAAUGCCGCGGUUUUUCGCGCGAGAAUAAUUAACCGGCUUUCAUGUUUAAAAAAACGCUUGGUAUCGAUUAUAUACGCAUAAUGAAUUAUAGGGAACCCUGUUCUUUUGUAAAAGGAAAACGCUUGCUCAUUAAUCAUUGAAUGCGCGAGGAUUACAUGUCCCAAUGACGUCGCCGCGAACCGUAAUGUAUAGACUUUACGCGGAUUUUCAUGCGUGUCAUUUAAUCCACGUCGUUGCAUAUAAUCGAGUGAGUAUUUAUCUUUACUGUAUGACGAAUUUUGAUAUAUUUUAUAUAUGGAACUCGCUUCAGAGAUUCGAUUAUCACAUCAUGUUUUGAGUAAUCUUGAAUUUUUCUAUCGUUACGCGAAUGUCAUUUUCCGAAAUCGCGCGAGCAUUAUGCCGUGCGAAGAUCGAACGUUAUAUAUCUCGAUCUGCUCUACUACUUCCCUGUUACACAGAUUAUACAAACAGAACGAGAUAAAAGCUCUGUUAGUUCCGCAAUAAUUAUUCGUAUUACAGUAUUCUGUCGCGUCCACUAGCUCGAUAAGAAAAUAAUAUUUAUUUCGAAUAGCAUCUCCGCUCCAAUGACUGUUCUUCUAUUGUCGGACUAAGUAACGAUCUGUAUGGACCCACAUUACACGUUAUUACAAUUAAUGCAAUACUUAGUAUACAGUAUCGAUAUAAUAUAAUAGGUAUCAUCACCACACAUCGAAUAUUCGUAAGAUACGUUAAUUGUUAGGUGAGCCGAGACCGAAAACUGAUAACGGGAAACGCGCAAUCGGAUCGUACGAGAUUACGGUGAACGGUCUCACGAUUGAACGUCGGUGAUCGGACUCGGCGCUGCAAUGACAUGCAUAUUAAGAAAGUAUCACGACCAUAUCAAAUGACGAAGGAAAUCUUAUCUCCGCCUAUUUACUUCUACACCGCUAAGACGUGAAAAAGAAACUUUUUAUAACGUAUAUUAUUUAUAACAUAUAUAUUUAUGUGUGAUAAGAACCCAAUCGACCACUCGUAUUUGACGAAAAAAACGGCCUUGUACAUACACCGAUGGUAUAACAUGUAAGUUGUUUUUUUUUUUUUUUUAGCGCGAGAUACUAGCGUGAAUCAUCGUGUUAAUUUUCAUUAGUGUGAUCAUUCGAAAUCCCCGAUGGCUUUUCAUUAAAGAAUUUCGUAUAUAUUGGUAUCAGAGGUGAAACCGAUCACAUCGCGCGUAUGCGGCUAGAUGCUGGCACGCGAGGGAAAUAAUAACGAUAAAAACGGCAUAUAACAGAAUGACGCUUGAAAAACCUAUUUUUACACGCGGAAAUUAGAAUCGAUCGGAUCAGAGGCGAAGUAUCGCUCGCGAUAUUUUUGCAUUCGGGGGUCUACGGUUUGAUAAGUAUAGCGCGAACAAUCUAUGUAUUUGACGCGAUGGUCCAAUAAGAGGAAUUAUGCUGAAUAUAUAUUCGACUCCGUAUCCGAUUUUAUACAACGAAAUAUCAAUGUUUAUACUUUAACGUAAGUUUUAACGUCGUCCCUAUUUUUGCAUUUAAUUCUACUGUAAGAGAAACUGUAAAGGAGAGAGAGAACUCGCGAGGCAAUUAUGGUGCGCGCACGUUUGCUUCUUCCACUUCAUGCAGGACUUCCGUUGAUGCUUCGUAAGCCAAGUGUUUGCAGGGUAUAAAAGAAAAAGAACUUUAUCACCGGUAAAGGUAACAGCUUUUAGUCGUGCGGGAUAGACAGCGUUAGAAAAAUGCUCGUAACGACAAACAAUCGUGUUGCUAUAACUUAUUCCGCGUUGGAUUUACGUAUUAUGAGUAUACUUACCGAUUCUAAUGAUUUUCGGAGGGUUAACGCGCGCAUAGAGCCGUGCAAAAUUAAUUAGAGCCGCAUUAGUUCGGCUUCGUCGAUCGGCAGUGCGGUUCGAUAGAGCUUCACAUGUGAAUAUACACGAGAGCGCUUAUAGCUUUUGAAACAAAAAAAAAGCGAAAAGUGAUUGAUAUGCUGUCGAAAGAUUUGUCAGUCCUUUGUCAAUGUCGAUCUCUAUAUCUUUAGAGGUUUUAACAGGUGCGGAAUAACACCUUCGUUACGAAGUAACGAUUUAUUGAACCGUGAAUUAAAAUCGAUCGCGCAGCUUGAUUUAAUACGUGUCUUCAGCAACGGAAAGAACUGAAUGCGGAAUCGCGGAUUGAAAAGAAUAAAUAGAAAAGAAGAGUAGAUCAAUGCAACGAGGCUGCUUUGACAUAUCUGUUUAUUAUUGGCAAUCCGUUUAAAAUUCUUUCGAAAAUUUCUACUUAUCGGAAAAAUUAGAUGUUUCUUUCGAGAAGCAAUUACGAGUGAAUCUUCGACUCUGUGCAUGCUAAAUAUAAAUAUGAUGUAUUAUAAACGCAUAUUAGAUAUAUGAAGCACUGACGUAUAAAACACUGCCAAUGAUAAAUACGACUGUUCUCUAAUUUAAAGCACCUCUCGUUAUACCGGAAAAAAAGUGCGAGGCGAACCGCGAAGGCUCACUUUGCUUCGUGAGAGCAUCGUAUUCGUGGGCGCUCUAAUUAAGAAUAUGUAAAAGCACGAAAUGAAUAACCUUUCAAGGUAUCGAAUCACCCGAGCUCGUGGCGUCUCCUACGAGCGACUUUUAUAAUGCUUCCUAAAUGUUUGCUACAUACAUCAAGAAGUUAUCCUUGUGAUCAGUGAUGGCGAGCGUACUCAGUAGUGCUGAAAUCCGUCGCGCACUUUUCACAUUUAUUUACAAGAAGGGGCUCGGCAGAUGCAGUGAGGAUUAAAAUAUUGUAAGAUGGAAAAUCUCAGCAGAGAUUGGAAACGUGUCCAUACUUUCGCAAUUCGUAGUAUUGAGUAGUACGAAUUCGAAGUAAUUCGAUAGUUUUGUUGUCGAAUAGAGAGGAAACCUUAUCCAAAGUCUGAUUGACGAGGGAUAUUGAGUUACGCGGAAAGUACGAGGAUAGUCUAAAGAGUAGGAUAGGAUCUAUUUUUAAAGCACGAUCUGAGUACGACUCAUCACUGCCUGUAACAUAAACUACACUAGGAAUAUACGUUACAGCGAUCUCUAGCCCGCAAUUACGAGUAUGUAAAGUUAAGAUCAAUUAUCCAAGUCCUAUGUGCUCAUAUCAUUCGCUCAGAUAUUAAUCGUGAACGACCAUCACUGCCAUAAAGAAAGCAACAAGGCACACCGAUCGUCGGCGAGUUUCGUGAAGGCUAUCUAUUAUGUCCAAUAUGUCUAGUCAUAUGCGAUGACAAAGUGAACACCGUACGGGAAAGCUCAUUUGAAUGACGUUCAUAUCCUUAGGCGUUCCAAAUCGAUUUCUUUUUUACAGUAUUUUGUAAAUAUUUGUACUUUUUUAUCUACGUCGUACUUAUGAAUUUUUGGAAUAGUAUGUGCUACGAUUAAAUAAAGAUGAGAAAACAAGUA